GUCUGCACCAAAGUUCAGCCAGCCAGCUCGUGGACAAGUCCGGCCCCGGCGGUCCCUCUCCUCGUUCUCGUUCUCUACCGCGCUCGCCAAGCACACCUGUACAGCUCGUAGGAGGGAAACAGGUCGCCCACCAUGCAGUUCAAAAAGCUCAAGGUGCGGCCGCGCAAGGAGGCCAAUCUGACUGUCUGCGGCCCCCAACUGGCGCUGAUGCUGAAUUGCUUUACGGCGAAAAAUGACAUCCACGGAAUGGGUCCUUGUCAGGACUCGGCGAAGGCGUUGUUCGAUUGCAUGAGGACCGUGGACUUGGGGAGAGCAAAGCCAAGAAAUACCAUCAACUACCAUCUCAUGCGACUCAACAAGUUCCUCAAGUAGACGUAUCACUCCCAAUCGACUGGGCCCCAUUUGCGUCCAUAAGGGCACUGGUCAACGCGCCCAAUCCCACCAUACGGCAUGCGAGGGAACCACCUG